AUGGGGUCGAGGACCAAGGGCUGCUGCGGCUGGCUGAUCGUGGCGCUGGUGCUGGCGCUGGUCGCCACGGCGGCCGUGGUGGCCAUCAUGAAGCGCAAGCCGGGCGGGGGCGGAGGGGGCCGGAGCCGCUCGCCCAAGCCGCUCCCCGUCCCCGGCCCGCCCGGGGACAUCGACUCCAAGUACGGCGACGCGCUCGGGGUCGCGCUCCAGUUCUUCCAGGUCCAGAAGGCGGGGAAGCUGGUCGACAACCAGAUCCCGUGGCGAGGCGACUCUGCGCUCAACGAUGGGAAAGAAGCCAAGCUGGAUCUCUCCAAGGGGCUGUACGACGCCGGGGAUCAUAUGAAGUUCACCUUCCCCAUGGCGUUCACGGCGACGGUGCUCGCGUGGUCCGUGCUCGAGUACGGGGAUCAGAUGACCGCCGCCAAGCAGCUAGACCCAGCGCUUGACGCGCUCCGGUGGGUCACGGAUUUCCUCAUCGCGGCUCAUCCUACUGACAACGUGUUCUACAUUCAGGUUGGUGAUCCUGAUCUAGAUCACGACUGCUGGCAAAGGCCAGAAACAAUGACCGAGAAAAGGCCGCUCACACAGAUUAACCCAAAGAACCCUGGGUCAGAUAUCGCUGCUGAGGCAGCAGCAGCCAUGGCGGCAGCAUCAAUGGUUUUCAAAUCCAGUGAUACUACAUAUUCUGAUUCACUUCUUCAACAUGCCCAGAAGUUAUUUACUUUUGCUGAUACUUAUAAAGGCAUCGCCAGCGACACCUAUCCAAAUCUUCAGAAGUACUAUAAUUCUACUGGCUAUGUCGAUGAGCUCCUCUGGGCAGCGAGUUGGCUCUAUCAUGCUACAGGAGAUCAGACAUAUCUCAGUUAUGUGACUGUGCAGAACGGGAAAGAUUAUGCUGAUUGGGGAAGGCCAACAUGGUUCAGCUGGGAUGACAAGCUCCCAGGGACACAGAUCCUUUUGUCAAGAGUAAAUUUCUUUGGAUCCAAAGAGAUAUCUAAUGCUGAAAACAGUGGACUCAAAAUGUACAGAGACACUGCUGAGGCAGUCAUUUGUGGGCUUCUACCAGAUUCUCCGUCAGCCACUGGUAGUAGGACUAGCGGAGGACUGGUGUGGAUAAGUGGGUGGAAUUCUCUGCAGCAUGGCAUAAAUGCAGCAUUCCUUGCUGUUGUUUACAGCGACUACAUGCUGACAUCACAAACAGCUGCGGUGGAGUGCAGUGGAAAGUAUUUUAGUCCGACAGAUAUUCGCAAUUUCGCUAUAUCACAGGCAAAUUACGUGCUGGGUGACAACCCAAUGAAGCUUAGCUACCUGGUGGGAUAUGGGAGCAGCUACCCGCAGCAGGUGCACCACAGGGGGGCAUCCAUCCCCGCGGAUGCGAAAACGGGCUGCAAGGGAUUCGAGUACCUCCAUUCGUCCAGCCCGAACCCGAAUGUCGCCACGGGAGCCGUUGUGGGCGGGCCAUUUCAGAAUGACUCUUUCGUGGACUUGCGCGACAAUGCGGUGCAGACAGAGUCCAGCACUUACAACAGCGGCACCUUCGUCGGUCUGCUCGCGGGCCUGGUGACCACCUCGUCCAUCGCCAAGACAUUCACCUAG